GGCGAGGCUUCUGAGUGGGCGGAACCGCGCACGCGCUGCGUCUGGGCGUGGAGGGUUCCGGAAAUGUGACACUGAGAAACGAGAUGGAGAAGUACGAGCGGAUCCGAGUGGUGGGGAGAGGUGCCUUCGGGAUUGUGCACCUGUGCCUGCGCAAGGCUGACCAGAAGCUGGUGAUCAUCAAGCAGAUCCCAGUGGAACAGAUGACUAAGGAAGAGCGGCAGGCAGCCCAAAAUGAGUGCCAGGUCCUCAAGCUCCUCAACCACCCCAAUGUUAUUGAGUACUAUGAGAAUUUCCUGGAGGACAAGGCCCUCAUGAUUGCCAUGGAAUAUGCACCAGGUGGCACCCUGGCUGAGUUCAUCCAAAAGCGCUGUAAUUCUCUGCUGGAGGAGGAGACCAUCCUGCACUUCUUUGUACAGAUCCUGCUCGCACUGCAUCAUGUGCACAUCCACCUCAUCCUGCACCGCGACCUCAAGACCCAAAACAUCCUUCUUGACAAACACCGCAUGGUUGUCAAGAUUGGUGACUUUGGCAUCUCCAAGAUCCUUAGCAGCAAGAGCAAGGCCUACACGGUGGUGGGUACUCCAUGCUACAUCUCCCCUGAACUGUGUGAGGGCAAACCCUACAACCAGAAGAGUGACAUAUGGGCCCUGGGCUGUGUUCUCUAUGAGCUGGCCAGCCUCAAGAGGGCCUUUGAGGCUGCGAACCUGCCAGCACUGGUGCUGAAGAUCAUGAGUGGCACCUUUGCACCCAUCUCUGACCGGUACAGCCCUGAGCUGCGCCAGCUGGUCCUGAGUCUGCUCAGCCUGGAGCCUGCACAGCGGCCGCCACUCAGCCACAUCAUGGCACAGCCCCUUUGCAUUCGCGCCUUGCUCAACCUCCAUACCGACGUGGGCAGCGUCCGCAUGAGGAGGGCAGAGAAGUCCCUGGCCACCGGGCCUCCCAUGGCCCCAGGCAGCACAGGAAGCCGGACCACCAGCGCUCGAUGCAGAGGCGUUCCCCGGGGACCUGCAUGUCCAGCCAUUCCUCCGCCACUGUCGUCAGUGUACGCCUGGGGCGGUGGGCUCAGUGCUCCGCUGCGGCUGCCGAUGCUUAACACAGAGGUAAUCCAGGUAGCAGCGGGACGCACGCAGAAGGCUGGCGUCACUCGCUCUGGGCGCCUCAUCCUAUGGGAGGCCCCGCCCCUAGGCGCGGGAGCCGGUACCCUACUCCCAGGGGCGGUGGAACAGCAGCAUCCCCAGUUCGUCUCUCGUUUCUUGGAGGGCCAGUCGGGCGUGACCAUCAAGCACGUAGCCUGCGGCGACCUCUUCACGGCCUGCCUGACUGACCGAGGCAUUAUUAUGACCUUUGGCAGCGGCAGCAAUGGGUGCCUAGGCCAUGGCAGCCUUAAUGACAUCAGCCAGCCCACCAUUGUGGAGAAACUGCUGGGCUAUGAGAUGGUGCAGGUGGCCUGUGGGGCCUCUCAUGUGCUGGCCUUGUCUACUGACCGAGAACUAUUUGCCUGGGGCCGCGGGGAUGGUGGCCGGCUGGGACUAGGCACCAGGGAGUCCCACAGCUGCCCCCAGCAGGUACCCAUGCCCCCAGGACAGGAAGCCCAGCGUGUUGUAUGUGGCAUUGACUCCUCCAUGAUCCUCACAGUGCAUGGCCGAGCCCUGGCUUGUGGGAGCAACAGGUUCAACAAGCUUGGCCUAGACCAUCUCUCUUUAGGGGAGGAGGCUGCCCCUCCCCAGCAAGUGGAGGAGAUCCUGAGCUUCAUACCACUAGGUUCUACACCCCUGGACCAGGAGCCCCUGCUAAGUGUGGACCUGGGCACUGCUCAUUCAGCUGCUGUGACUGCCUCUGGUGACUGCUACACUUUUGGCAGCAAUCAGCAUGGGCAGUUGGGCACCAGUGCUCGCCGGGUCAGCCGGGCACCUUGUCAAGUCCAAGGCCUCCAGGGCAUCAGGAUAGCAAUGGUGGCUUGUGGUGAUGCCUUCACUGUAGCCAUUGGGGCAGAAGGUGAAGUGUACUCUUGGGGUAAAGGGGCCCGAGGUCGACUGGGAAGGAGGGAUGAGGAUGCUGGACUCCCAAAGCCAGUGCAGCUGGAUGAGACACACCCCUACACUGUGACUUCUGUGUCCUGUUGCCAUGGAAACACUCUCCUGGCUGUUCGCUGCAGAGCCCAGAGUCCAGUGUGGAGUCGGAGCAGAGGUGGGUGAACUUGCCAGAGGCACUGCCCCUUGGGAAGGAAGCUGCAGAGGUUUCUCUUUUAUACCCUCCAGCCAUCACAGAAGAACCAGCCCCCCCCUGAGACACCUCGGUACAUCUCUGAACCACUCUGAUACUGCUUCUGCACUGAAUGUUGGGAAGUACAGGUGCCUGAGGCAAGACUAUCACCACCAGCCCUCUGUAUUGUGAUUUCAAUGGGGUAUAAGAACCAGUGAAGCCCCUGCGCUGCUUUUGGUCCUGUAUAUUGGAAACCUCCACCCUCCCUGCUCCUCCUACAACUUUUUUUUCUCCUCACCCCUUCUUCUCUUAAGUCAGUUUCCCCAGCGUCCAGCCUGGCUAGGGUUGGAAGCCAAACCAAAUCUUUGGAAGUAGGGUGGUAUCCCGAGCCUUGGCAGAAAAAGGCUGGAGGUUGCUGUGGAUCUACCCAGGCCCUGCCUCUUCUCCCAGCCCAGUUAAAAAGUCUCUGGUACCCACUGGUAGAGCAGCUCAGUGCUUUGGAGCAGGGCAAGCCUGGACUGGCCAUUCCAGCUGCCUAGCGUCUGCACUGCCUGAGGAGGGAAUGCUGCUGUCUGCCCCCACUCCUAAAUCCUGAGGCUGGGAUCUGCAAAAACCUCUCGGUGCCUCCCCUCCCCUGCGGGCUGGGGAGUGCAUCAGCUGCAAAGUGUCUACUGCAGAGGGGAUCCCUGCUGAAUGUUGUCCUUCUUUCCCCAGGCCUUCGCCCUAAGCAGAGGGGGGAAAGGGCAGCUGGCCGGAAUAGACCAGUUUCCCAGCUGACUGGAAAGUAGUGCCAAUAAAAACAUAAGUUGCCUGCCUA